AUGCAUCACACUUCACACACAGGCCCGGAGGUGUUCAAUGAAAGGACGGAGCCAGUCUUCGACGCAGGCCGGGAGCCUUCCCCCGACCAAGUGCCGAGCAUAGGCCGCCGCAACUCGUUUGCGGAGUCGCAAUUUAGCAUGGGAAGAAGUAUUCAACGGGUGCGAAGCACAAGGAACAUUGGCAGUAUGCUUCAGGAUUUUGCCGAGGAGGAACCGACGCCUGUCGAGAUAAGGCGGCGAAAGAGGCCGGGCCUGGCGCAGCGAGUUCUGGAGUAUAUCUUUCCGCCCGGCAGCAUGCUGUCGAGCGCCUUUACACUUGGAAGCUCAACGCUCGGUGGUGGUAUUCUUGGCCUGCCCUUUGCGUUCAACAUGACCGGGUAUAUCCUCUCCAUCAUACUGCUGGUCGUCGUGUCGAUACUGACCGUAUUUUCACUCUGGCUGCUCGCCCACUGCUCCGACAACGCGAGGAAGCGCACCUACGAGGACACGAUGAAGGUCCUCAUGGGCCGCGGCCCCGACUGGUUGGUGUCUAUUUUCAUGUGCGGCUUUUGCAUUGGUGGGGGUGUUGGCUACAUCAUUUCCAUUGGGAACUUGCUGACGCCCGUGUUUGAGAAUGAGGGGGUCCCGCACUUUCUGACGACCAAGCCCGGCAAUCGACUGAUCACGAGUAUGGUCUGGCUGGUACUUAUCUUGCCGCUGUGCCUUCCAAAGCAGAUCGACUCCCUACGGCACACCUCUCUGCUGGGGUGCCUCUGUAUUCUCUUCUUUGUGAUCUGCAUUGUCAUUGAUGCAAGCAGGUACACCUACAAGGAUGGCUUUCGCAAGGACCUCGAGAUGUUUGGUCAUGGCAACACUGCGAUUGAGGGGCUUGGUAUGGUGAUGUUUGCGUGCCUCGUGCAAAUUAACGCGUUUGAGGUGUAUUUUGAGAUGUCGCACCCUACGCCCCGUCGUAUGAUGCGCGACAGCGCCAUCGCCAUGGGCGCGUGCGGGUUGCUGUACGUUUUGGCCGGCUUCUUUGGGUACAUGCGCUUUGGGAAAACGGUAACAGCCUCCAUUCUCCUCUUGUAUCAGCCGGGGGAGAGCGUUCUCUUCGCGAUUGCGUACGUUGGCAUCGUCUUUAAGAUCUGCGUCGCGUUUGCCCUCCAUCAGCUGCCAAUGCGCGACGGCAUCUACCACCUGCUCGGCUGGGACGUGUACCUGAUGCCGUGGUGGCAGAACGCCGUCUUCUGCACCUUUUUGUCCUUUGUCCUGCUGUUGGCCGGCCUCUUUGUGCCCAACAUCAACAUUGUCUUUGGGCUCGUGGGCUCCCUCUGCGGCGGCUUCAUCGGCUACAUCUUCCCCUCACUUAUGUACAUGUACUCCGGCAACUUCUCGCUGAAGCGCAAAGGCUACUGCCUGUACUUUGCAACGUACUUCCUGCUCGUCGUCGGGUGCAUCGCCACCGUGUUUGGCACCGGCGCCUCCAUCUACGGGGUUGCCGCGUGA